AACCCGGUUCAUAAUCCUUCUUCUUCUUCUUCAUCUCCUUCACAUUCCAUCUUAUGCCGCCCCGCGCUUAGGUUAACAAAAACACAAAAUUUCAACUUUAUUGGAACUCCUGCGAAAGUUUCUUCCAAAAUUCAUUCAUAAAGAAAGCCGAUAUUCACCCCCCAGUGUCGAAUCUCGAAUCUGUGAAUCGUUUAUGAUCCACAUGGUUGAAUCUCCAUCAAUCGCAGGAAAAUGCUCUUCGGCAGCUCCGUACAACUCCCGCGCACGUUAGCCUCUCCAAUUUUAACUGAAUCCAGUUUUCGCCAUGUCAAGAGGUUGCAGAUUGUUGAAAUUCGGAGCUCUCAAGAGAUUGUCGCCUUCUUUUCGAACAAAUCAGGCGAGCAUCUAUUCACAAAGGUCAAAUGACAGAGCCCUCGUUAGACCUAGUUUAUCUUCUCCUCAACACAGAUUUUACUCGCAUUAUUUCCCUCGAAGCAGGGGCCGUAAUAUUUGGAAUGCAGCUCGUGAAACCGGAAAAAGUUCCUAUCCCAUUUACUCCCGGAGUUAUUCGGCGAUUCCAGCUAGUAAUACCUUAGCUCAUCAUGCCCGAAUUGCUUUGAAGAGAAUAACACAGUCCUCUGUACAUAAUGGACAAACUCAUGUCCCUUUAAACAGGUUUGGUCAGGCAGUUAGCUUAGGAUUGAGCCGCUCGUACACGGUUGUUCCUGGUAUGUUUGCUUUUGUGUUUGGAACCCAGUCAGCAUUUGCACGAGCUGUUCAAGACACUCAUAUCGUGUACGAGCCGAGGAAUUCUUUAUACACGCGUGCUCAAGACAGCCAGCUCUUUGUAACAAAAUUGAUACUUUCCAUAUUCGAAGGGAUUUUCUUGUUGCUCAGAGCUCUUCACUUGGCUGUUCUGUUCACUCCGAGCAUCGCCAUGGCUCCAUUUGCUGAUAGCUUCGGACCCCAUUUUCGGAAACUGUGGCUUCAGGUUAUCCACCAAACCCUAGAAAGAGCGGGUCCCGCUUUCAUAAAGUGGGGCCAGUGGGCAGCCACACGACCGGAUCUUUUUCCUCGAGACUUGUGCAGUGAAUUGUCCAAGCUUCACAUGAAAGCACCCGAACAUAGCUUUGCCUACACGAAAAAGACUAUUGAGAGAGCUUUCGGUCGUAAGAUUAACGAAAUCUUCGAUGACUUUGAGGAAGAACCGGUAGCUUCCGGAAGUAUAGCUCAAGUGCAUCGAGCUUCAGUACGGUCCAGAUACCAUGGCCGUGAAAUGAAACCUAUGCUUGUUGCUGUUAAGGUAAGACAUCCAGGAGUUGGGGAAUCUAUAAAGAGGGAUUUUGCAAUAAUUAAUGUUGUUGCCAAGAUUUCGGGGUUUAUCCCUGCUCUGAAAUGGUUGAGAUUGGAUGAAAGCGUGCAGCAGUUUGCGGUUUUCAUGAUGUCUCAAGUUGAUCUUGCUAGGGAAGCUGCUAAUUUGAGCCGCUUCUUAUAUAAUUUCCGCAGUUGGAAAGAUGUUUCGUUCCCAAAGCCCGUUUAUCCACUAGUGCAUCCAGCUGUGCUGGUGGAAACUUUCGAACAUGGAGAAAGUGUUGCUCACUAUGUUGAUGAGCUUGAGGGGAACGAGCGAAUUAAAAGUGCUCUUGCUCACAUUGGAACUCAUGCACUUCUGAAAAUGCUCCUGGUGGACAACUUUGUUCAUGCAGACAUGCACCCUGGAAAUAUCCUUGUACGAGUAGCUAGGAGCAAACGUUCUCGUAAAAAGCUCUUCAAAGCGAAACCUCACCUUGUAUUCAUUGAUGUGGGAAUGACUGCGGAACUUUCUAAGAACGAUCGGACUAAUUUAUUGGAAUUCUUUAAAUCUGUUGCUCGCAGAGAUGGCCGAACUGCAGCAGAAUGCACACUUAGAUUAUCGAGGAAACAGAACUGUCCAAAUCCAGAGGCUUUCAUUCAGGAAAUGAAAGAGUCGUUUGAUUUUUGGGGCACACCCGAAGGAGAUUCGGUCCAUCCAGCUGAAUGCAUGGAGCAAGUACUCGAGAAAGCUCGUCGGCAUAGAGUAAAUGUUGAUGGCAAUGUUUGCACUGUGAUGGUGACAAUUUUAGUCCUUGAGGGGUGGCAGAGGAAGCUCGAUCCAGAUUACGAUAUGAUGCAUACACUACAAACGCUGCUACUCAAAGCUGACUGGGCAAAAUCUCUUUCUUAUACAAUCGAUGGACUUAUGGCUCCUUGAAUGCUCUUAUGUUCGGUAACUAAGUUUACUGCCUAACAAAUUUUGACAUUGUAGAACACUUCAACUGUACAUCAAGCACUCCUUGGUUAUUUAUAAAUUUCUUUUUGCAAAUAAAAUUAUUGACAUUUAUUGUUGGGGUGUGUGCCCAAUCACAAUUUUGGUAAGGAAUAAGGAUGGUAAUAUUUUGUAUUAUUCACAUUAAAUCGAUCUGCAAAACCACGGGCGACGAGGCGCAUGAAGACAACUUUUUUUUGAGGUAAUGAAUAAACUCUUGUCGUUUCAAGUUUGUAA